AUGGCACCCACUGCAACAAUUUCAGCCUCAUCUACGACAAUCUCUUCAACAGCGUCAGCGACUUGCCUCAAUAUUGCCCCUGGAAAGAAUGGAUAUCUCCCACCUGAGUCAUGCGAUGCCAUACUCUACUAUGUCCCUUCAUUCGCUGCUGCGGUCCUAUUUUGUGUGUUUUAUGGGAUGACCACCCUUCUCCAUGGCAUUCAGGCUGUGAUGUACAAGAAGGCCUAUGCAUGGGUAGUGAUCAUGGGCGGAGCUUGGGAACUUCUCGCCUUCAUUUUUCGAACCCUUCAAACGCGCCAACAAAAUAAUGAGAACUGGGACACCUUUUACGUGCUCUUCUUUCUCCUCGCCCCGAUAUGGAUCAAUGCCUUCCUCUACAUGACCCUCGGUCGCAUGAUACACUUCUUCCUUCCGGAUCAGAAACUCGUCGGCAUCUCUGCGCGCCGGUUUGGCGUACUCUUCGUUUGCCUCGAUAUAUUCGCCUUUAUCGUCCAGGCAGCUGGCGCUAUUCUUGCCAGCAAUCAAGAUAAUGGAAGCCUUGUGAUGACCGGACUCCACAUCUACAUGGGUGGAAUCGGUCUUCAGGAGGCUUUUAUUCUUUGUUUCGCCGCACUCGCAGUUAACCUCCAGCGAAAGUUGAUCAAAAUGGAGAGCUCUGAGCAAAUCUAUAAUGAAAAGCUCACUCGAGGACCAUUUUCAUGGAGAUGGCUCUUCUAUGCUCUCUACUUCGCAUUGGGAAUGAUCACUAUUCGCAUUAUCUUCCGAAUCAGCCAGUAUGCGCAAGGAACCUCCCCAACGAAUCCAGUCCUCACCCACGAGUGGUAUGAAUACGUGUUCGAUGCCGUCCCAAUGCUCCUCGCCUUGGUGACUUUGAACGUGAUCCACCCCGGUCGCAUCCUCCAGGGACCAGACUCAGGCUUCCAACAAGUGCGACGUGCCGAAAAGGAAGCAAAGAAGGAGAAGAAACAACAAAAGAAGAUGGCAAAGGAAGAAAAGAAAAUGCAGAAAAAGAUGCUCAAAGAUGAAAAGAAACAACAGAAGAAGCAAGGCUCGAUUGACGACGAUGUUAUCGACGAAGGAUCUCCUCUUCGGGCUCAUGCCAGUGAGGAGCAUUCGAACGAUGACGAGCCGCACCAGCAGCAAUGGCCAAUUUACGAUCAAAGAGAUGGAAGAUAUGAGGAUACUAGAUACUACGGUCACCAAGUCUGA